AUCUUCCCAACACCAAUCAAUAAUCUGAUCCCAUCUUAAUCACCCCUACAUUAUUUCUCCCAGUCUUUUUCAUUCCUUUCUCCAUUCUACCGUCAUGACAAGUGCCUUCCCAAUUCUCCGACUACCUGCAAACGCUUUGACCAAUUCACUUCGGUAUCUGGAUUUCCAAAAUUUACUCAACUUUUCAUUGGUAUCAAAAUCUGCACAACAAGCUGCCAGAAUGCUAAACUACAAAGGAAAUAUUUUCAUAAACUUUGACCGAAACAUACAGCUAAGAGUCGUCGUGAUAAACAAAACCCAUACCACCGAAAUAAUAAUAGAGAACUUUCAACUCAGAGACUGGAUAAACACUGCUCUUUGCAUUCUCCCCACUUAUAAUUUGCUUUGUAAAAUCACAAAACUUCAUCACAACUUUAGAAAACUGUAUAACGAGCUGGAUGGUCUUUUAUUUUUCCGUUUGGAUCUGAACCUUGGAAAUUCGCCAGCUCUCAAUCCAGAGUGGCAAUCGUGGCUAUGGAAGUUUGUUCAGAAAUACUCUGAUAAUGGGCUUAUUAUUUAUACAACUGCAAAUCUCCCAAACGGCAAUAUGUAUCAUCAAAUUCUGGGAUCGUCUCGUAGAAAUGUGCAAGUACAGACACGAUGCACACUUUCCGAUUUGCUUGCUAUGAGAUGUACCAAUGUACUUUUAUGCACACCUAUCUAUCCGGAGGAAUUCAAUUUGUUCCUGAAACACUGGAUCAAAGGAGCAAAUGAAGUCGUUGAAACGCUCUAUGUCGAGAUCGAAUAUGUAAAUGAGUUCACUGACCUGAUAUUCAGGGAUAUCAAAUGUUGGAACACACCAAAACAGGCCGCAAAAAGAAGAAGAAGAAUUAAAAUAAGAAAGGAUAUCUACAGCUGUGCCGGAGUUAGGGCUACUUUGGCGAUUAGUAGAUGGUCUGUUGAAAUGUGUGUUUGGAAAUAAUUUGUUGUUUUAUGGUCUUUUGAAUUGUGGAAAUAAAAUGCUUAAAGAU